AUAAAUCAAAGCACCAGAGACUUCUCUUCCCCUUCAACCACAGUUUCCUUCUCGCUCCCUCUCUCCACCGCCUCUCGCAGUUCAAGCCGGAGGAAAGCACAGACACCUUCGCCACCAGCCUCAGCUGCCAUCUCCUCCUCCCACAGCCUCCUUCACGCCGCCACCUUGAGUUUGAGAUGGUUGUGAUGGUGUCAAACACACAAGCUUGCUUAAAAUUGCUUCUGAUGGUUUCAGAACAACAAACUCGCUCAAACACAUUCAGAUUUCCUUUUCUUUGUUUAUCAAAUUUUUGCAGCAAUGGAGACGGAUCAAAGGAAAAGGACAAUGGAUGCAUUGGAGAGAAGGUUUGCUGUUGCAAAAGCUGAGUUGGUUCAACAACAGCAAAAGAAACACAAAGUAACACAUCAUGAGGGACAUAGGAAAGAAAAUAACAAUGCAGCCUCUACUUCAUUGCAUCGAGCGGAUGCACCGAAGACUCCUUCCAGUAACUUGUCGAAGAAAGGGAGUUCUUUUUUCUUCGGAUACACUCCAUCUCAAGAUCCAGAAGAAAAUGGCUUAGCAUAUUCACAGCUCCCCCAAGAUGUACACGAAAACCUGUUGACGACUGGCGUCAAGUUCGAGAGUAAAAAGGGGAGUGUGGUCGACAAGAUUUUGCACGAGCUUUUUCAGCACGGUGAUGCAUCUCAGAAGUACAUGCAGGGAUCCAGAAACAUAAAGAUUGAUAACUGGAUCCUUCUUGAUAAUUAUGUACCAAGCAAAUCUACUGGUUCUCAGACUAGAGCUUCACAAUCCAACCCAAAGCAUUCGAGAAGGCACAUGUCUAUGAAGCAACAUAAAAAACUUGGGAUGUUUAAUUUGCCUCAAGAUCUCCAAAAAUUUGAUGUUUAUAAGCCAAUGCAUGAGAUAUGGAAAGACUAUAUGAUGCAGCUUCUCAAGAAAACUGGGAGGAACGAGUUGCCCAAAUGUCUUCUGAGUGCAGAUCUACAUGGCGCUGCUAUUCUAGUUGCUGACUGUAAGAUAAAAUCAUUCACUGGAAUUAGUGGUAUUAUGAUUCGUGAAACUGCAGAAACAUUUGGGAUAAUCACACAAGACAACAAAUUGAAAGUUGUGCCCAAAAAGUUGUCCGUUUUUGUAUUUCAAAUUGAUUGCUGGAAGAUCACAAUGCUUGGGGACAAACUCUCUUCAAGAAACUCAGGCUUGUGAUUUACACAUUGCUCAUUUCAUCUCAGUGAAUGGGGAUGAUGUGCACAAUGUGAAGGUCUAGGCUGAAAUAAAACUCCCUAGUCUGAAUGACAUGUUGAUGGCUAGCACUUGGCCUACCUUUGUCUAUGUGGCUCAAGGUCGGAGGAUUGAAGCCAUGGAUUUUGUGUGAGCUCAGAGCGUGGAAAAAAAGAUUCUGGAUCCAAGUCAACAAAGCCAUGACUGGAGCUUUUUCAUCUUGCUCAUGACUGUCAGGUAUAGAAGAAAGACUGUGCCGGUGCCCUUAUUCCUGUAAAGCACUGUGAGGAUCACAAGUAGUUGAAAAUGAAGCUGGUUAAAAAGGGGGUGUUUGUUACAUCAUAAAAUUGUUUUUUUAAGUAUUUUUUAUUUAUAAAUGUAUUAAUAUUUUUUUUAAA